GUCUUAGUCACUUGCUGGGCCAGGAACUUUUGGUCACACCCCUGCAUUACAAGCUCGUAUCACCAUGUUUACAGGACGUCAUGAUGUCAACAAGUUCGGUUCAUCGGUAAGGCUUUCAGUAUAAGACCCCACGACAGCCCGAAAGCAAACAAAUCCAUUCAACAACUGGAAAAGGACUCAUCACCAACACACCCACUCUCUCAAUCUACCAACCGCAUCUCCCACCAUCCGACCCUCUCCAGACACCAACGUCAACACCACUACACAACGCAAAGAUGGGUUUCAGCACUCGAGUUGCCCUUGCCGGCUCCCUACUGGCUGCCAGCCUCGUUGAGGCCACCCCCUACUAUGGCAACUAUGGCAGCGUCGCCAACACCACCGCUGGCCACGUCGUGUACACUACCGAAGUUGUCACUGCCCUGACUACCUACUGCCCUGCCGCGACUACCCUCACCUACAACGACAAGACCUACACCAUCUCUACCGCCACAACCUUGACCAUCACUGACUGCCCUUGCACCAUCAGCAAGCCUGUCGCUCCCACAACCUCUACAACUCCCAAGGAUGAGUGCGCUGAGGGUUGCUACACCGCCUACAACAAGUGCCGCGGUCAGCCCAAUGCCAACAUGGCUACUUGUGCCGCUGGGUAUGCCUCUUGCCUGGGCUACAACCCCUUCGGCGGUGAUGGCUCUUUGAUCACCCCUACUGCUUGCUCCAAGACGGCCAGUGCUACCGGCCCUGUGUACACCACUGAGGUUGUCACCGCCAUCACCACCUACUGCCCUGAGCCCACGACUCUGACCUACAACAACAUGACCUACACUGUCACCAAGCCCACCACCUUCACCAUCACCAACUGCCCCUGCACCGUCACCAAGCCUUCGGUUCCCACCAGCGCUGUCCCCACGAGCCCUGCUGCUACCUGCCCUCAGAUGUGCACUGAUGCCUACAACAAGUGCCGUGGCCAGGCCGGCGCCAACAUGGCCACCUGUGCUGCCGGGUAUGCUUCGUGCCUGGGCUACAGCCCCUUCGAUAGCAACGGCUCUCUGGUCACUCCUACUGCCUGCUCUGCCGGCAGCUCUGCCACUCACACUGUUCCCGGAUCUGCCACUGGUACUGCCCCCGUGUCCGUCCCCACGACUCCCGUUCCAGUUCCCGCGAGCGGCGCUGCCGGACUCAUGGCUCCUGGAGCCAUUGUUCUUGCUCUUGGUGCCCUCAUUAUGGUCUAAGAACUGGUCGGCCUGAAAGGUACAAGAUCCAGACUGGACGCCGACUCUGGAGCGAAGAUGAGCAGCCAGCAGGCUUGUUGGUACUUGAUAUCUCUUUCUCUUGUCUAUCACAUAUGUAAAUCCAUCCAGGCUUCGCAUGUCUGUGAUGGCGGUGUAUAGAAUUUUACUUAAUAUUCGACUGUAUAGAGCUACGUCACUAUUUUUAAUCUACCUUGGAUAAUGCACUAUUGAGUGCUGACAACAAGACUAAGCAAAAUGAAGGAAGAAGAAGUCCAUUUACUUAGAGAGAUAUGGCCUUUUUAUGAAUAUAUUAUUACACAUUCU